CGAGUUGCGCUACUCUAUAUACUGUAGUACAGGUCAAUAAUAAAAAAACAAAUCUAUUAUAUUUCAAUGCAGAAGCAGUCGAAAUAGUUGAUUGCCUGGAGUCAAUAUAACUUUUAAUUUUGCUCAAUUGAUCACUGAUAUACACAUUUUCUUUAAUAACAAGAGUAAUAAUUGGCACAAUUAACGUCGCUGGCCUCUUUUUCUUUUUCUCACGCAUCACAGCGCAUCCGCAGAAAUAUUAUUUCGAACAAAGUGUAUAUAUGUGCGCUUGUCCACAUUUAUUGAAUUUUUGCGUAGACAAUUUUUUUUUAUUACGAAAAUACCAUAUUUAAAAUGAAUCAUCUUAUGAAAAUCUUAAAAAGCAAAGAAACUCGCGACUAUUUUAUGAGCACGCACUUUUGGGGACCUGUUGCCAAUUGGGCAAUACCAAUUGCUGCUAUUUCUGAUAUCCAGAGAGAUCCCAAGUAUAUCAGUGGUAAAAUGACUUUUGCCUUAUGUUUAUACUCAGCAAUGUUCAUGAGAUUUGCAAUCAAGGUGCAGCCACGCAACAUGCUUCUAUUUGCCUGCCAUUUUGUCAAUGAAGGUGCACAAAUUACACAAGGUUAUAGAUUUAUUAAGCAUCAUUAUUUUAGUAAAAGGGAACAGUGAUUCAUAAAAGGUACAUAACGUUCACUUUGCCAAAGUAAUAGAAUUUUAAUGAAAUAUUAUGUAAUAGGAUAUUAAUGAAAGAUUAUGUUUUAUAUACAUC